GCUCGGAGCUCAGGCCAGAUCUGUCAUUGGCACUGGGAGCCGUCAGACUUCUCAAUAGCUGAGCGCAGUGAAAGCAAAGGAAGGAGUGUGUGCUGUCCUCUCUGCCUCCCCCUAGAGUGCAGUACCCAGCUCUGUGAGUGAACAACAAAGUACUGCAACUUUUUAUGGGGGGGCGUGUGUGUGUGUAUGCAUGUCUGCGCAUGUACAUGUGUGUAUUUGUACAUGUGUUUGUGUGUAUGUACAUGUGUCUGUGCGUGUGUAUUUCUGUGUAUGUGUAUGUACACGUAUCUGUGUGUAUG